CAAGCAGCGGCGCUACCAAUAGCACCAUGAGCACAAAAGACAAGGAGUAUUUCAAGUCGUGGUACACCAAGAACAAAGAAAAGGUGAUAGCCCGGGUCAAGGUCUACAAUGCUACACAUCGUGAAGCCCAAAACGCCCGCAUGCAACAAUGGCGGGAGAAAAACCGGGCUAAGAUUGCAGCGUACCGGGAAGUGAACCGCGAGCAGCGCCGCCAGUACAAGCGAGAUCACUACCGCCGCGCCAAGGAAAAACGCCAGCUUCAAGCCACGGCCAUGCAAUCCUGUGACCAACCGGCGGUGACCGACACCGCAUGUCCGCGCAUGAAGCUGUCAUUCCUGCUCCACCCGCAACCACAACAGCCCCCCCCACCAACGUCGUUUGCUGUAUCGUCCUUAUUGACCACGACUAUCGACUACGACGCGUACAUUGAAGUGUAGUUUGUGGUCGAGCCUUGUAGAAAUUAUAUUUAACAUGUCUGUCUAUCUGUAUGUAGUUUUGUU